UCGGACCUGCCCCUGCGCUUCCCGUACGGGCGGCCCGAGUUCCUGGGGCUGUCUCAGGACGAGGUGGAGUGCAGCGCCGACCACAUCGCCCGCCCCAUCCUCAUCCUCAAGGAGACCCGGCGGCUGCCCUGGGCUACUGGAUACGCAGAGGUUAUCAAUGCCGGGAAGAGCACGCACAACGAAGACCAGGCCAGCUGCGAGGUACUCACCGUGAAGAAGAAAGCGGGGGCCAUUGCCUCCACCCCCAACAGGAACUCCACCAAGAGACGGUCCUCCCUUCCCAAUGGGGAGGGGCUGCAACUGAAGGAGAACGCGUUUCGGGAGGGGAAAGCAGACAUCCUCCGAAAAGUCAGAAGAAAACUCAGGUCCUGUCCAUCAGCAGGUCCUGUCGUGCUGCAGAGGAGAGACAUCGAGGGGAUGACCCAAAUGUCGGGAGGAUGUAAUGGCGGCACGUGCUUUACUAAUGCGGCAGAUGACGAGCCAGAGGUGGCUGUAAUAGCUGCUGCCGCCAUCGCAGGUGGCGGCACCCCGCCCACGCGCUUCUUCACGGAGAAGAAGAUUCCCCACGAGUGUCUGGUCGUCGGGGCCCUUGAGAGCGCGUUCAAGGAAAUGGACCUGCAGAUAGAACGAGAGAGGAGCUCAUAUAACAUAUCUGGUGGCUGCACGGCCCUCAUUGUCAUUUGCCUCCUUGGGAAGCUGUAUGUGGCAAAUGCUGGGGACAGCAGGGCCAUCAUCGUCAGGAAUGGAGAAAUCAUCCCCAUGUCUUCGGAAUUCACCCCCGAGACGGAGCGCCAGCGACUCCAGUACCUGGCGUUCCUGCAGCCUCACUUGCUGGGAAACGAGUUCACACAUUUGGAGUUUCCAAGGAGAGUGCAGAGGAAGGAGCUGGGGAAGAAGAUGCUCUACAGGGACUUUAACAUGACCGGCUGGGCAUACAAAACCAUUGAGGAUGAUGACUUGAAGUUUCCCCUAAUAUACGGAGAAGGCAAGAAGGCCCGAGUGAUGGCAACUAUCGGAGUGACCAGGGGCCUGGGGGACCAUGACCUGAAGGUGCAUGACUCCAACAUCUACAUAAAGCCAUUCCUGUCUUCAGCUCCAGAGGUAAGAAUCUACGAUCUCUCCAAAUAUGAGCAUGGAGCAGAUGAUGUGCUGAUCCUGGCAACGGAUGGACUGUGGGAUGUUUUAUCAAAUGAAGAAGUGGCAGAAGCAAUCACUCAGUUUCUCCCUAACUGUGAUCCUGAUGACCCUCACAGGUACACACUGGCAGCUCAGGACCUGGUGAUGCGUGCUCGUGGUGUCCUGAAGGACAGAGGAUGGCGGAUAUCUAAUGACCGACUGGGCUCAGGAGAUGACAUUUCUGUAUAUGUCAUUCCUUUAAUACAUGGAAAUAAACUGUCAUGAAAACAACUCAGGGGAUUGGAAGAUCAGAAGGAAGAAAGCUGGGAUGCCUCUUGGCAGGGCAGGACUGGGCAGUGCCCCAGCAGAGUUCCAGAUGGUGCCACCUCUUCCCAGCCCAGAUGGAGCGUUUGCUGCCCACAGGCCUCUGGCUGUGUUUCAAGAGGAUCAAUAGGUUUCAGUUACCGCUUUAGUUAACAGGUCUGGAUACUCAACAAAAGUAAAACCUAAAGGCUGCUACUGAGUGUUGUUUCUUUUGGUUCCUUCAAUAGGCCUCCUAAGUGGCCAUUGCCUAUUUGGGGCACAUAAUCAUAUUUAUUUUAUCUGGAAUGCUGGGGUAGCCAUUUUCAGGUGUAACUGGCAGAAGACUCUUCGUCUGUCAAGCUGCCAAUUUGUCUACGGGUUGGAACAUUGGGGAUCAUGCCUCGGAAAGUGUGAGCACCCACCUUCUACUAAGCCUGAGAUUUAUUUCAGGGAAUGCUAUCUAUGUGUGUGUCUCUCUAUUCUUUCAUGAUGAUGAUGAUGGGGUAAGGUUGGAACUUUUUUUUAAUUUCUUGAAUCUUAAUUGUUUCCAUAGACCAGGCCUGGGACUUUCCAACUCCUUGCUUAGGAAUUUGUGUGUCCAAGUCCAACCCAGGCUGUCACUGUAUCCUGUAACCCACACCACCCAGGCAGACCUCUGGAGCAGUGCCCUGGCUAACAGAGUGCUGUCUUUGUUGUGUAAUAAUUUGUUUCUAGGUUGAUUUUUUUCCCACUAAAUCAGUGUUUUCACGAAAUUUGGGGUAUUUCUUUGGGCCAGCAGUUCCUCUUUUGUCUUCAAGGGUCUCCCUUGUGUUGUUUGAGGUUUCUGUUGGUUUCUGAAUCUGCGUUUUCAUUUCUGAAAUGAUUGCUUCCAGACCCCAACCCAUCCUUGCUGUGCCACAAGUACACACGUAAAGCAGUGUUUAAUAGAGCUGUGUGGGAAGUCCUUUAAUGUCAGUCAGUUCACCACACCUCAUUUCAGAACCUUCCCUUCACUUUAAAUCCAGAUUUCAUGGGCUGCAAGGGGUCCCAGCCCCACUCCAAACAAUGUGUAAGUAUCAGAGUCUGUCAGGGAACAGCAGGCCCUCUCCCCACCAUCUUUGGACAAGACCCACUCAGACUGAAUUUGAUGAAACAGAAUUUAAAUUGGGUUGACUGACCAUUCACAUGCUCCUUCUCCAGGUCCCAGCCACCCAACCACUUAGACUACUGUUCCCUCUGAGUGUUCCUCAUGGAGCAUCCACAGAAGCAGUGGACAGAUCAGAUCUGCCAGGUGCUUCACUGCCUGAAGGAACUGAAAAAUAAAUGUUUAGCAGUCCCUUCUAUCUCUUAGACUGCUGCUCUGCAUGGGUACCUUGUAGAGCAACACCCCAUUACUGAGCCUUCUUCCUGGAGAGCUCCUGCAGUAUCACCACCAUCUGGACAACUUCUUGUAAUUAAAACAUUCAAUGAAGAAAGAGCCAUUGCGGUGGUCCCCCAAAAUGCUGGAGAGCCCAUUCCAGUUCUCAUGUUUUUGAAACCCUUCCCCACAGGAGAAGUCAGGACCUUUCCUCCAGGAGAGUUCAUCACCUGCAUACCUGGAUUUAUAGAUCUUUUUUUAGGAAUGGCCUGGAGCCUUCCUAUUCUAUGUUCAUCCCACAGUGUGGAAACAGUGCUCAGCCUUGUGGGUGAAGUACUGUUGGAAUUCAUCCUUCAGGUGGUUGCCAAAAUGUCUGGGAAGAACUGGACUACAAUCUUGUCAGGCAUCCUCUUCAUCUGGUAGCGUCCCUCCUCCUCCGAUAAAUCUUAGCUACCCCAGUCACUCUGUGGAGAGAAGUUCAUGGUAGACAGUUUGCUUCUCUGGCAGAAUAUUAUGCUAUGGAAAAACAUGCAGGCAUCCUACAGCAGUGUGGUCCGUUUUCUGUUCCUGCCUUGACUCCCUAACCCACAUACAAAUUGGAAUCUUGAGAGUUUCCCUUGGAGGAUUCCAAGUUAUCAGCUUUAGGAAGCAGUCACCUCCUUCCUACGCUUCCAUUGCCUUUCAUUUCUUUUCCCUUUCCUGAGCUUUUAUGUACUUGAGCUUCUCCAGUUUUAAUUGAGCCACGAGAGUCAGAGUGUCGACGCAGACAUGUAGAUAGGACAUGUCUUAAUUCAUCAAUUCACUUACUGCCAAGGCAUGUCUCAGGAAAAACUCUGGAACUCCCUUAUUCAGUGUAUCCUAGUCUCGCACAUUUAGUCCUACUGCUUUUAGUUGGGUAACUAGGAAUUCUUUUCAUAAGCCCCGUUGGGUAAAAAGAACUCAGUAGCAAGCUGAAGCCAUGAUUCUAUUGGGAGUAUGGGAGGAAAACUACAAAUGAGGUGAAUAAAUCAAAUGUGGAAAAAAUUAUUUGUUAUGCUCAUGGAAAAAUCUACCCAGUACUAAUACCGCUCUGUGCAUUGAACUUACUUGGUUUUAGCUUUAUUUUUUACCCAGACCCUACAUCAUCCCAUCUCAGAGCAGUAAUGGUGUCUACAUAACAGGUAGGGUCCUGGGUCAUUCCUGGAAGG